AUUUCCCUCGGGGUUAAGGGUGGGAGAGCGCGAUGUAGGCGACUUCAGUAUCUCAGUCCUCCAGUAGUGUAUUAAAAAGCGUUAGAUCUCCUCUUUCCCGCACUCGUUUCCACACGAGGCUGCCUCCGCUGUCAGCUUUGUGGCUUUUGUUCCUCGUUCUUAAAACAGAACGGACCUAAGAAAAUACAGGUUACAGUCACGUCACUGCCGGCUGUAGCCUUAAAAACCCAGCUGUGGGACAUCCACUGACGGCAGUUUCAGGCCCAGGAAGGGUUCCGAACGCGGCGCACGCGAUCUUCGUGCACGAAGUCUGGCCAUCCUCAGUGCCUGUAGUCCGCAUUCGCUCCGCGGUCUCAACCCAGGGAACUGAGUCUCCGCCUCUGAGAGCCAAGAUGCCCGCUCAUAUGCUGCAGGAGAUCGCCAGCUCCUACACGACCACCACCACCAUCACAGCGCCUCCCUCUGGCGGCCUGCAGAAUGGAGGCGAGAAGGUGGAGAAAAAGUCCCUGUACUCAGAGGAAGACAUCCGUCCUGAAAUGAAAGAUGACAUUCGAGACCCCAACUAUGAGGACGAGGAGGGUCCUGCGCCCGAGCUGGAGUAUGUCUGGAGAAACAUCAUCCUGAUGGGCCUGCUGCACGUGGGAGCCCUGUAUGGGAUAACACUGGUUCCCACCUGCAAGGUCUAUACCUGGCUGUGGGUACUCAUAUACUAUACAGUGAGUGGACUGGGCAUCACAGCAGGAGCUCAUCGCCUGUGGAGCCACCGAACUUAUAAAGCACGGCUGCCCCUGAAGGUCUUCCUGAUCAUCGCCAACACAAUGGCUUUCCAGAACGACGUGUAUGAAUGGGCCCGAGACCAUCGUGCCCACCACAAGUUCUCAGAAACACAUGCUGACCCUCACAAUUCCCGACGUGGCUUUUUCUUCUCUCACGUGGGCUGGCUGCUUGUGCGCAAACACCCAGCCGUCAAAGAGAAGGGGAGGUUGCUCGACAUGUCUGAUCUAAAAGCUGAGAAACUGGUGAUGUUCCAGAGGAGGUAUUACAUACCUGGUCUUCUGUUGCUGUGCUUCAUCCUGCCCACACUGGUCCCUUGGUAUUGUUGGGGUGAAACUUUUCAGCACAGCUUGUUUGUUGCCACUUUGCUGAGAUAUGCCGCAGUGCUCAAUGCCACCUGGCUGGUGAACAGUGCUGCCCAUCUCUACGGAUAUCGCCCAUAUGACAAGAACAUUAAUUCUCGGGAGAACAUCCUGGUUUCCCUGGGAGCUGUGGGUGAGGGCUUUCACAACUACCACCACUCCUUCCCCUAUGACUACUCUGCCAGUGAAUACCGCUGGCACAUCAACUUUACCACAUUCUUCAUCGACUGCAUGGCUGUCCUUGGUUUGGCUUAUGAUCGUAAGAAAGUAUCCAAGGCUGCUAUCUUGGCGAAGGUUAAAAGAACUGGAGAUGGAAGCUACAAGAGUGGUUGAGUUUUGAGUCAUCCAGGUUUUUCUUUCAAAAGUCAGCUGGGUACAUGUUUAACAUUGUGUUAAUUAACUACUGAGUAAUGCUUUCUGGGUGGUAUAGGUGAUGACCUUAACCUACCAGUGCAGUAUUCUUGUAAAAUGCACAAGUAUUGAAAAGUAAUAACUCUAUUUUAUACUACUUAGCUGAUAGACUUUUCUUCUCUCCCAUUCCCAAUUUUCUUUUGUUGCUUUGUCUCUAUUACCUUCCUUUUUACCCUCACUGCCUCCCGUGCCAACAAUUGGUCACCCAUAAAUUGGUUAUCCACCUUCCAAAGCCUGGCAACCUUUCUAGAGUCUAAAUGUAAGGCCCUUUGCACUAGAUGACUCUUUCCUUGGUGAUAGUUGAAGAUAGUUGCUUCAAGCUAGACAUUCAACGAAAUCUGCUGCAAAGUUCCUGCUUACUGUCAUUAUCCCAUCCAUUGCUAGAUGAAACUGAAAAUAAUUUUUGGAGAGAGCUUGCAAAGUUGGUAAAUCAUGCAAGAUGUUAUGCAGGAUAAUAAGUAAGGUUGAGAGUUGAGCUGGGAAACUGGGCAAGGGUAAUCUGCUGUAAUCAGUCCAGGUUGCUUGUUAGUAAGACAUGGAGCUCCUUCUCGCAACUUUCUUACUUUCUCUUCAGACUCGGUAGGGGAUGGUUAUGGAGGGGAUGGUUAUUCCUGGUGACCCUAGAAUACAACAGCAUAUCAGAGACUUCAUAUAGGAUACUGACAAUAAAGAAGAAGCACUUGCUAAUUAGGAAAAGUAGUUUCUGCUGGGUAAGGAUAUUUUUCUUUAAUAAAAGGAUUUCUUAUUUUAUAGACUAAGAAGUCUUCAGUUUGGGUAUGUCUAAAAUCAGUGUGUAUAGGAGCUCAUAGUUUUGAGGAUUCUGUGAGUUGCUUAUUCAAUUCUGUUAUUGAUUUUCUGUGCUAAUCACAGGAUAUUUGUCACUCCAGUUAUAGUAAUAGGAUGGCUGUGACAUUUUCAUUCAUCUAAUCAUGGAAAGAUUUUAGGAGGUGAACUUGGAAGUUAAGUAUACAGACAUACAUAAUCUUCAUUGGAACAUGAAGCUAUUUACAUUGCUCCCCUGUGAAAAGAAAUGUUAAAGAAACACGAAGGAGAGGAAGAAUUCCUCAUCUAGGGUUUCUAUUUUCUGAUACCGGGCAGGAGAUGGACAAGUUGAACUGUAACAUCUGUAACCAAUCCCAAGGAAUCUUUCCAAAAUGAGUGCUCUGAGAACAUAUUGCCAAGGGGAUUCAGAAGUUAUUGAGUAAGCUAUUGGGUCUUCUAGUGAAAUGAGUUAGGUAUUAGAUCCUUUCAUUCUAAUUUUUCCUUGGAUUGAGUAGAACUAUACUUCUUCCUUCAGUGUCAUGACCUUUCCCUCACUUUUUGCUUUGUCACAUCCAGCCUACAUGCAGGACUGUUUGUGAUGGGGUAGGAAUCUUUAACCACACUGAUUCUUGAUUCCUGGCUCUGUCCCAUCUGUCCCUGAUCUCUUUACUGGUUCUCUCUGUUCUGUGAUGUUUUCUUUUUUCUCUAGACAGGCAACUUCCUCUGUGUAUCCAGGGCAGCGAGGAUUUGCUGUCCAGGCAGUUUCCUUUCCUACAGUGAAAAUGCUAAUUGUCUCUGAACUGCCAAGUCCCUUUAGCAAUGGCCUGACUGUCCCUUUCUGUGGUCUCUAGAUCUUCUACACCUCCACACCUGGGGUCACUGCUACACUGAUAAUUUGAGAAGUUUGGCAAACGCUCUAAAGAAAUCUGAGCUCAAAGAGACUGUCUUUCUUUCAUGAGUCAUGGGCAAGCCAAACGCAUACAUCGUGCCAAUGGACCAGCCACAGAAGAAAGCAAGGUUUAUUGUUAGUUUCUCUGAGUCAGAGCAGAGAACAUACUCAGUGCCCCUUUUGUGUUUAGUAAAGCUAUUCAGGCAAAUAAGUGCCCCCACAUGACAGUGCAAUGCUUUUAGGAGGAUAAAAGGGGGGAACCUAGUCCCUUAGGAAGCAUAAGGAGCAGGGGCAUGUUCUCAAGUGUCUCAUAUUAAAAACAGGCCCCGGGGCUGGGGAUUUAGCUCAGCGGCAAAAAGCGCCUGCUGGUUAAGCGCAAGGUCGUGAGUUCGGUUCCCGGUACCAGAGAAAAACAAACAAACAAAACAAAACAAACAAACAAACAAAAAAACAAAAAAGAGGCCCCAACCCCAAACUAAAUGUGGUGUCUCACACCACAUAAUCCAUGGUAGUCAGUAGGAUAAAAUGAAACUGGAAAAAUACAGAACAUUAGUGAUUAGUGUCGGAAGAUCAUAGGUCUCUCUUGUUCCUUUAACUCAAAUGUCAAUGCAGAAGCCUGUCUCUGCUGUAUCGGGAUUGGCAGUGGUUAAUACCAAAUCCAUGUCUACUGUUGUGUCUCAGUGGUCGGGGAGCAUGGCUUUUCUUCUUAUGUUCUAGGGUGUUCUAGGGACCAUCCUGUAUGAGGGCAGCCUUGUCUUUGAGCUGUUCAGAAAAGAAUCUCUGGGAAGAUCACUGUAGACGAGAUCUGCUGUCCUGGAUGCCUACCCCUUGCAAAUGCCUGUAGGAUAGUUUUAAUUCUACAAGUCAUGAGAUACUUGCUUUACAAUCCAUGAAAAAAUAAACUCAACUUUUUCUUCUUAUUGAAUCCUAUCCAUGGAUCUGAUCCAUGCCAUUUCCCUAUAAAACACUGGGUAUAAACCUCAGGCUGAGGGCCUGAGGAAUAUGUUGGUCUGCACAUAAGGGCUUCUCAGAUCAACAAGAAACACUAUGUUCUAGAUUCUAAAGCUUAAUUCAAGUGACACAUUAAUAAGAAACUCAGAUCUGACCAAGAAUGAAUUUCUAACAGUCCUUGUCUUGUGGGCUGCUGACAACUUAUUUGAGUGCCUUACCUCUUUUCUAAUGCAUGUUGAAUAUGAGUCUUUCUUCACUGCCUCUGUGAAGUCCCUUAAUAUCUUUGACCCUCCAGUAGUGGUAAACAUAAAAAGUGGCCUCGUCUGAGAAUUACAAAUACUUCAAUUUGCAGGAUUCAAUUAUGGGCUUAAUUUUGGAAACUUUUCUUAGGGCUGUUUUUAUUAAGUGCCCACAUUUGAUGGUGGGUGGAAGUAAUUUGAAUAUAUUUGAUUUAUAAUAUUUUUAGAUUAAAAGAUGAUUGUAACAUUUAAAAUGGAAGUUUUCCUCCAAGGUUAUCUAUUAUCUUGCAUAUUUUCUUUGUACAGAUAGCUGAAGUACAUCAGUAUAUCAAGUUAAGAAAGUACAGUUGCUAUAGUAUAUUGGUGAAGGCCAGGGACAUCUACCACUAUGCAGCUGGCUUCCUCUGCGACUGUCAUUUCCAUAACAGACCUGUUCUAACAAUAGUGAGUCCACCCUCAAAAUGAGGAUGUUAAUGAUGGUAGAGACCUCUUGACCUAAUCACCUCUUAAUAGUCCCAGCUCUCAAUAAUAUUGCAUUGGAGAUAUGGGACACAUCACUUAAUUAUGUGUCUCACUGUUCUGUUUAAAUGAGGUAACAAUGCUGACCUACAUCAAUGGGCAGGUUUCAGGUGUGGCUAAUGCUUUUAAUAAAGUAUUUUACAAGGUCGUGAGUUCAGUUCCCGGUACCGGAGAAAAACCGAAAACCGAAAAAAACAAACAAACAAAAAAAUAAAGUAUUUUAAAAUCCUCACCAGGGGAAUUCUCAAGUCCUAUGUAUUUUUAUGAUAGCUAUGUUCACCAUAGACUUGGCAUGUACCUAAGUGCUGGAUGGCAUCGUUAUUCUAUACUACUCUCUUCAGAGAUUAAUAAAUGCAUUUGAUGAGUGCUGGAUAAUUAGCCAGACAAAAUUUGAGAAUGCGUAUUGUUGCUAAGAAAACAUGCAGGAUACCUUUUCUUUCCUUGGGUGGCAUUUUUCCUUUUUUAAUAACAUAUUAGUUAUUUGUAACCUAAGAAUAAUUUUAUAAUAAUUUCUGUUAAUAAUCACUUCUGAAGCUGUUUCUACUGACCUGAGGUGUGCUUGUUCAUAAUAAAAGUGAAUUGAAUCUGA